GCAGCGCCCGAUUUGAAGAGCAUAAAUGUGAUCUUUUAUAACCUUUCCACUACUGCUGAUCACAGUGUCUCCUACAAAGAACUCAAAGACCUCCUAAAAUCCCAAACCAUUCAUAUUGAUGUCCGAGAGAAAUGGGAAAUUGGCAAGUUUGGAAAAAUCCCUGGGUCCAUCAAUAUACCAUUGGGUGAAGUUGUGGAAGCUCUACGGAUGAACCCAGAAGACUUCAAAGAGCAGUACAAUCAAGAUAUGCCUGCUAAAUUGGACCACAUAGUCUUCUCCUGCAUGGCAGGAGUGAGAAGCAAGAGAGCAUUGGAUAUUGCCAUGUCUUUGGGUUUCAGCAGAGUUCAGCAUUACGCAGGCGGCUUUGAGGAGUGGAGAGAAUAUGAACCUUUAGAGAAAAACUAAUGAAGAUGUAUAUCUACCUUGUUCUCUAGCCUUCUAAGAACUCUAGAAAAUCAUUAAUGUUUGUUUUAAUAGGCAGUGAAUUUGGGAAAAUAUAUUGUGAAAGGGAAUCUGUUCUGUUUUGUAUAUAAAAAUUAUCAUGUAUAUAGAUGCUGUUAGAAGAAGCUGUUGAUUUUGUAGGGGACUAGUCUUCACCUUUAGUCAUAUGUUCAAUGGAACUACUAUGUAAAGAGAGCUUAAAGGUAAAGACUAACACAAAACUUGAACAUGUUGUACACUGAGAGGUGUGUUUCUUCUUCUCAUAUUGCACCAUAACACAUGAGAUCAUAACUACAGUAUUAAACUAAUGGUGACAUGUAGUACUGCUUACUUUGUCCUCUCUGAAGAACAAUAUAUCUAGAAGCAUGUCAGAUUCCAUAUAAUUUAUUGGAGUUGGAAAAGCAGUUCUCAGAACAACCUGGUACUAGCCUACAUACAGUAGUUUUUAAGAACAUUUCUGUUCUGUCAGAGGUGCAAGAAAAGAGCAGUGCUCCUUAAUAAGCUGAGUAUUUCUAAGUGGGGAGCGAGAACAUAAGUACAGGUCUUUCUUUUUCUGUAUACCAGGGAUAAUUGUGAUACCUGGCUGAAGGAAUUGUGAAAUAUUUCAAGAAUGUUUUAAAGAACAUGCGCAUAGAUUUUUAACAGAAAAUCCUACAGAAUGCAGACAAGGCAUAGGGCUUCUAUAAAAGAGAAAUAUCAGAAAAAAACCUAGGGGUAUAAGCUCAUUGAUGGUAAAGGUGUUGAUUUAGGGAGGGAUUUCUCAUGAAAACAAAGGGUGAUAUACAGAAAUCCCCACUGAGUUUCCAUGGAAGAUGGGGUUUAAGCUUUUAUAUGUCUUCUCUUAUACUGCAUUGUAUAGUUCAGUGGUUCUCAGCUUGUUAGACUCAAGACACCAGCCAUAAAAUGCCAGCUCUUUUCUGUAGUCAAAAGACAAGUGAACUCUAAUAAAGCCAUUCUUCUGUUGCAAAGAACUCAGAAAGACCACAAAGGGUAGAAUGCCUUUUACAGUGUGGAUUCCUAUUUGAAAUAUCUGGGUCGAUCUUGUGAAUUGUCUCUAGGUGUUUGCACACCUAACAGUGCUAAUAUUGCACAGCACUCUAUGCCACUUAAAAGGAUAUCUUAGCACCUCAGGGUGCCAUGCCACCCUUGUUGAGAAUCACUGGUAUAGUUAAAAGCUACAACCACCAAUGAAUGCUCUUGGCCAGUAGCUUAAGGAGAGGUGAGUGAGCAGGACAUGAGCCUCAGGCACUAUGUAAAGGCAGGAAGUGGGGGCUGGAAUAGAGCUGUUAGAUGCCUCACUCCCCCUGCCUUGCCCUCCUACUCCCCUGUCUCUUCCCUGUUCCAGUUCUAGUGCUGGGUGGGGGCCUAGGCAGAGAACUACCUGACAGUGCUAGCUGUAAGAGCAGCAACUGGCUCAAUGCUUCUGUGGGAAAUGUCACCACCUUCUCUUGCUGCUGAAGACCAGUGGAGUGUUUUGGCUGCUCAACAUAGACAGUAGUGGUAGAAAAUGGAGGUGACAUCUCCCCCAGCAGCAAACUGAUGCUGCUCUGUCCUCCCUACUGCUAGAGCCAGAGCAGGACAGAUGAGUGCAGUACUGGCCCUUUAGGCUUCUGCUUUUGGCAGUCAGUUAACUAGGAAAGAUGUCCUCUUGCCUUUUGUAUUUGGACUUCUGAUAACCAUCAUAGAGACUGUACUAGCUUAUCAAAAAUAAUUACAAUUUUAGUUGGAUGCUCCUUUCAUCAGUACGACAGGCAUGUUUCAUGCCAGAGUCCCUACAUUGAUACUUGACACACAGAUUUGAAAAGUGGGGUGCAAAAGAUACAUGCUCAUGGAGGAAACUUUUUUUUUCACUCCCAGAGGGGAGUCUAAAUUAUUGAACUGAAGAGGAAGGGCUUCUUGAUUCAUGCAGCAAUAUAUAUUUCAUUCUAGAGUAUGUCAAUUUGGGAACAUAAACUGUAAAGUUGGCAAGGGAGUGAAUUAACAAUGUAUUAGUACAGGAUAUCUUAACUUUUUGUGGACUCUUACUAUGUAGCGAUUGCAAGGUCACUUCUUGCUGUUUUAACAGCACAAUGCACAAAUCAUAGGCCCCUCAGUUAGCAACCGGUUCUCUUAAUUCUUUCUACCUACAGAGGGAGGAAUGGGAGGAAAAGAAAAAGUCUUCUCUGUAUGAUAGAAGUCAACAGCCCUGCCCCUUGUUAAUUGUGAGGAAAGUGCUGGCUGGGGCUCUAUCAGAAAAGUAUAACGUCGUAAACCAGAAAACUGAAUCUCCCUUCAGCUCCUAUCGAACAGCUGUAGCACCAGAUUUUUUUUAUCUUAAAGUUCCCUUAGUAUUUGAAGUUCUUUGCAGAUGCAAAAGUAGAAGUACCUCAGUCUUCACAGGACUGAGCAUGCUGGGACCUAGGUUAUGGCUCCAGUUGUUCUCAGCACAACAAAUAGACCUGGCUUUAUACAAAACACAGUGCUUAGUGAAGGUUAGGUAAUCCCUUUUUAUGAUGCCCUGGUGGUUGAAGUACUCACCCAACUCAUGAAACAUCUCACUUCCCUGGCUGAGGAGCCUCAAACCCAAACCUCUCACUAGGUAGGAGAGUAGUUUGUUAAUUAUGACAUCCUGGGGGAGGAGAGUCCUUGUAUUCCAGCCUUUGCAGUGGAGAGUGCAUAUGCAUUUUACACAGCACCACUGGUUAUCUGACAGUUUUUUAAACGCUGUCUUAGGUUACUAUCCUUUUUGGGGAAGAGAGAAAAAUACUCAAAAUGAGGCUGGAAGUGGUAUUGGAAUUCAAUCUCAUUUCCUUAAGGUCAAAAGAGUACACCUACAAAAGUGGAAAUGAGAGCAAAGAACAGCAAAGACAGGAAAUGCAGCUGCUAUUAUUUUGCUGCUGGAGAAACCAAAGCCUAGCAUGGUUUUAUCAGUCACUUUGAGGCCUGGCAAGCUGGUACCACCAUCAGGCUAUUAGUGACCAAGCUUAGAGCUGUGUUGCUUUCACAACAAUCUUGAUCAGAUUAAACCAGACAUAAACAGAAAAAAAAGCAAGAAACCAUACUGAGAAAGAGAAGGACGGGUAAGUGCAGGAACCCAUAUCUCAUAUUUCAAGUGGUGAUAAGAACUUAAGCAAGCUUGGUGGAGGGACAUCGUUUGGUCAGCCCCUCUGGCUGUGUCUAGUCAGGACACCCUUUAGGAUCAGCAGAGUGAAAGCCCCAAUGCCGCAGAAGUUCCCAACAGACAAUAGAUAUGAUAGGCAUAAUGGUGAAACCUUAGUUUUACUCCAUCUGUUUUUCCAACAAAAUAGCUCACCCCUUUUAAUUUGCUCAGUAAUCAGGUGCAAGAUCCAAAAAACAGAUUUGGAUUAAUUCCUGACCCCAUCUUCUUGUUUCCCAGGUGUGGUAUCUUACUACUUAGGUUGCAGGGGCAGGCCUUUUUGUUUGUAUUAACCCAGUCUUAACUAAAUUAUACAUUCAGUGAAAGUUAACAGAUUGAUCUGCACAUAGCUUGGGUCUUCCUAUAAUUUAGCAGAUCAUCCCUUUCUGCAAGAUUUACAGGGAAACCAAGCUAGCCAUCCCCACAUAUUAAAGAAGGGAAGCUGAUGUGCCUUAUCUUAGAAGUUCUUUUGACCUAGACCUCAAGAUAAGAUCACACUAUGAAAUUGUUUACUUUUGCAGACUUUUAUUGAGGAUUGAACAGAAGCUAUUUAAUAUAAGCCCUCUUCUAGUGGGUUUGGGGUUUUUUUCAAAUCUAAAUUUUGAAGUACCAAGUCAGUUAGGGACAGGUCCUUUAAAAAGUAAUCUGAAAUGGGGUAGACAUAUAGCUAGAGAAGGUAAAGGAAAGGGCUGCAAGUGGUGAAACAACUCUUCUUUUCCCAUUUCUACCCUUCCAAAAUAAAUCCUUUCAGGCAGGGGAUUUAUUUUUCACCAUUUCCCUUUAAUUGCCACUGCAGAGGGUCUUGUCAACACUUCAGUUAGAGGAUUAGUCAUUGACUGCAUACAGAAUUGAUACUUGUCUAAUGGAGUGAAUGAACUUUUGCAGUGGUGAGACUAUACCUCUAAACUAUUUACAUGGAAAAAACAAAUGUUAUAGAACAUGUUCCAAACACUGGGUCAGAUCACAGGUCCAUCCAUCUUUAUCUCAUAGUGGCAGUGUGCAUACUAAGGGAAACAGUAUUUAAGUAGGGCUUAUCAGACUGAUUUGUCUCCUGCCCUCGCUCCUUCCCCCCAUCUUUUAAACAGACUCCAGCAUGCAGAGACCUAGGAAGUCCUAACUACCGUAUGUUUAAAACCCACUGAUAAGUCUACCCUCCAUGAAUAUGUCCAGCCUCCUUUUGAGCUUCUACAACAUUUUAUGAGCUUCUACAACAUUUUAUGUCAAUGAGCUCCACAAUUUAAUUACAUGAUGAGGUGGCAGGGAGGGGGAGGCAUUCCUCUUGCUCAUUUAAAACCCGCUAUCUAAGAAUUUCAUCAUAUAUCUCCUAAUUUUAUCAUUAGGAGAAACAGCAAAUACUUCUUUGCUUUUUCCAUACCACUCUUCACUAUCUUACUGCCCUCUCAGUCAUCUUUUCUUUAACCUAAAAAGUCCUAGGCAUUUAUUCUAUAGUGAGAGCACUAUUACUUUCAAAAAUGUUUUAGUUCAGGAGUAAGUGUUUAAGAACUGCAUACGGUUGUCAGUUUGCAUUGAUCUAUUCCUAUCUAUCAAGUCCACAUUGCAAUGGGACAAAAGGAAAAAGCCAACUGCAAGGAGCAGAAGAGUGACUUUACUACUCCUCUGUCAAUCAAUGUAUGGGUCAAAUUGCAACAGAAAACAACAAAGGUAAAGCAGAAUAAGUAUAGCAAAGGGUAGAAUACGUACAUUUGUCUUUUUCAUUGUCAAGGGGGUUUCAUAAUUUGUGUCUAAUAUGCUUUAUAAAAAUAAUUCCAAUGGAAAUAAGUUCAAGGAGCUUAAUUGAUUGCAAACCCCUCUCCCCCCCCACAAUACACACUUUGGUAACGUUUUGUUGAAUGACAAAUCACUGCAAACAUCUCUCUUUGAAAUGGUCAACAUUUAGAACUAAAUAAGCACCAUGGAAUGAGGCAUCUCAAGCAUUUUCUUCUCUGUUUUAGAGCAGUAUUAAUGUGUAACGAUGUAACUGCACCUUGGAAAAAGAUAUUGGACAAAACAAGUUCCUGGACUUCCAUUUAUUGUUCAAUUUCAUACUCGGGCAAAUUGGCAUUUUUAUUUGAUAAUGAAAUUGUACAUAAAUUCUUUGGGGGAAAAAAACCCUUAAAAAUCAAUAAACCUGUAAGUCUAAAAUCUUUCAGCCAAGUCCUGACUUAAGUGGGCAUUCUGCCUGAGUAAGGAAUGCAAGAUAUGGCCCUUUGAUGAAGGAAACUCUCCAGCAAACAGGUAACCAAAGAAUCCCACUGCAGUAAAACAAAAUAUAAACAUAAAACACACCACCAGCAUGAAGCUCACUGCAAGCUUGUUCCUCUCAAAAACAAAACCACAAACUUUCUAAUGAAUCAUACAAAUUUACACUAACAGUGAAGGCAGACUAACAGUGUAUACCUUUUGUACAAAAAAACCCCCUACAAUAAAAAUAGUCUUAUGUA